AUGCCUGAGUUUCUGAGUCUCCCACCAGAACUCAUCUUUCAUGUAUACUGCAGUCUCGAUUCCAUCGGCGAUGCAUAUUUUCUCUCUCAGACCUCCAAGCAGACGUACUAUAUCGUCAGCCAACAAAAGAGCCAGCCAAAAAUCUUCGACGCAAUUAUAGAUAAUAUUACACAAGACCCUGCCCCAGCUCAAGCCUGGCUGGAAGCACAGUUUGGACCUGGCUCACUUUGGCAACCUACAGAGGCUACUCCACCAGUGGAUCUAACAGACGACGAGACCCUUGAAUUUCUCCUAGAUGUGGGGUUUCCUUUAGUUAAUCUCCCCCGCGUGGGCUUUAACUCUAUCUUUUUGAGACAGUUUGUCGACGAAGAACAGAGAUUUUAUGGGUGUACGCUAGAUGAUCUCUAUAUAAUGUUUCAUCCUGAAGAGAGAGACGAACUACCUGUACUUAGCCUUUGCUUCGGAGUAAUAUCUAGCCAGCUGGUCAUGCUGAACAAUAACAAUGGCAUUAUAUACUUCUAUGAUCUACUUGGGGGGCUUUAUAUGAACUGUGUCAGAGGGAUAAUUGCAUACGUGCCGGAUACUUUUGUAGUGUUAUUGGGAAUGGUGGUCGUCGUCACCAAGGAUUUAUGUAAAGUCUCACCGGAUGUCUCUCAAAGGAAUUUUAAGCGUGGGGUUGAGGUCCUUAUGAACUCUCUUGAUGUACAACGGAAGAAACUCGGGGAUUAUGACUUUGCCGUGGACUAUUACUCUGAGUUUUGGGAUGACGUAUUUGAUAAUUCGCUGGGUGGUCGCCGAGGUUUCGGAUUAUAUGUCUUCAAUGGAUUUGCUGGUAUGAGUGAAUAA